AUGUCCUCCUUCAUCCAACACACCGAGGCCUACGAGAGCGGCAUGAAGAACCGCCGUGAGGUCAUGGGCGACUCCUAUGUUGACGCGUCUCUGUCGAAAGGAGCUUCUGAGUUUGCUUCUCUCGGUCAGCAAGAUGCCACGGAAUUCGCCUGGCACAAUGUGUGGUCCCGAUCUGGUCUCGACAGAAAGCAGCGCAGCUUGAUCUGUCUGACGCUGUUGACCGUCCUGGGCAAAGAGAAGGAGUUGGCAGGCCACGUUAGGGGCGCAAUCAACAAUGGUCUGACCCCCAAUGAGCUCAGGGAGGUCUUCCAUCAACUCAUGGUCUACUGUGGCGUUCCAAUUGGUCUUGAAGGCUUCCGUAUCGCUGAUGCCGUCCUUGACCAACUCCAAAAGGAGGGCAAGCUGCAGGCGUAA